GUUGGGUGGGGGGAAAGGAGCCGCUCUCUUCCAGCCGGCUCUGGUUUGGGAGCGGCGGCUGUCUGUCUGUCUGUCUGUUGUCUGUCUGUCUGGCCGUUGAGGGAUAGUAAUAGUAGUUGGCAAACGCCGGUAGUAGAAGCUAUGGAUGACUGCACCUUAAGGAAAUUGACCAUCUCUCACGGGAAGCUGGACCCUCCCUUCACGCCCAACUUGACCUCCUACAAAGUGGUGGUCAGCAGCGAGAUCAAGAGGAUAACGCUGAACCCAGUGACCAGCGACAGCGGCGCCUCCUACCAAAUCAUUGGUGCAGAGGGUUCCAAAACGGUUUUCCUCAAAGACGAUAGAACUAAAAUUCAAAUUGAGGUUGCUGCAGAAGAUGGAACUUUGAAGAAAUAUACGCUUGACGUUAUCAGACUUGCUCCACACGUCGCAUCGCUAACUAAACUGAAAUUAUCUGACAACCUCCAACUUGAUCCAGAGUUUGCUUCAGAUGUGUAUGAAUUCACAUGUACAGCUCCAUUCCAUAUGGUCUCUGUAAUUGUACAUCCAUCCGUUCCGCACCGUAAAAUGAAAGUGACUGUUAAUGAGAAGGAAGUUAAUCAGCCAGUUUCCCUAUCUGCAGGAGAUACAAAAGUGAAGGUGAAAGUUACCUCAUUAGAUGGCGUAAACUCACAGGUUUACCUGAUCAUAAUCACCCGCGUGCAACUACCAUGGUCAAUCAAUUUCAUAGACCUUCAAGAUGACUUCGAGUACGAGUGUCCAGUCACCCUCACAGCUUUCUAUCAGCCAGUCUCCAUCCGAGGAAGUGACCCUAAGCAUACAGUGUCAUCAAUGUGCCUCAACCUCCUGACCAGCAAGUCAAAGACUGAUCCUUUUGAUGAAAGUCCCCUUGGUGAGAAUUGGAGAGUGUCAGAGUACGAAUUGGACAAAAAAAUAUCAGCUGCCUUUGUUUACUGCUGCUUCAAAUAUCGAGGAUGUACCAGUGUGGUGAAACUGUCAGAACUCGGAUCCCAUGCAAAGGAGUGUAAAAACCAACCACCAGCAGAACUGGAUUCUAAGGUUGUGACAGAGGCUGUAUGGUAUCAAGCAGAAUUUGGCAUCUCAAACAAAGUAAAAUAUCAGCUCAAUCACACUCUGAAGGAACGUGACUGGGAGAAGAAGCUUCAUGAAGAGGUGAAUGAGAGUAGUGUCGAGAAACUCUGCAGCUACGCUAUCGAACAACUGAAUAUUUACCAGCAACGGCUUUCGACAGCAGGACCUAGGACUCGGUUUGCAGAAGGAGAAUCUCCUCUAGAUGCCUUGCAUCAGACAGCAGUGGGCUAUGCAUUGGCUAUAAAAUUGACACCAAAUGAUCCCGAGCUACAUUUCAAACUGGGCCUAGUGCUGGAGGAGCAUUACUACGCAACUGAGAUGUAUGGAAUUCAGAAAAGUAAUACUCAGGAAGAAGAUGACGCAUCAUCGUUUGAUGAUGCAGCAAAAACUAGUAGCAGAAAUGAUGAGAUCACGGCAAUAUGCAAGCUUCACGGUUUUCCAGACCAGUCCAACCUUGAACAGCAGCUGAAGGCACUGGACAUGGAGUAUAACCAGCUGAAGGAACGUGGACAGUCAGUAAAAGCUGACUAUGCACAGACACUUUACAUCUGGAAAUCUAAGCAGGCUGGGAAGGAUGUUAAAAUUAAAGCAUUACCCAGUGAAGAGCGCCAUCGUGAUUGGGCCUUUCUAAAAUACAUGGAUGCUUUGUCCCUCCAACUUGAGAACUGGCAGUACAAUUUCCAUGUCGGAUUCUUGCUGUUACAAAAAAAGGACAAAGGUGCACUGAGGUACUUACAGACAGCGCUGGCACAGAAACCAGAAUCAGGAUACAUUAGAUUUUACACAGGGCUGGCUAUACUCGAUCAGACUGGUGAAUCAGCUCCGCAAAGAGUAGAAGCCAUUCAGUACAUCCAGCAAGGCUUAGAAGAGCUGUUAUCUAAGCUUAUCUUUCCAGGAGGCAAGGAUCCAAGUCAAGAAGCCUUACCUCUUCAAGCUUCACAUGUAUAUUGCCUGGUGAAUCCCCAAUUGCCCGGAGGAAUACUGCAGCUGGGAAAGGCUCUCAGCACACCACCCUCAGGGCUGCCUGAAAAAACAAUGACUGCUGAGCAGGUGUUUCACUUUGCUGUAAAACUGGUUGCCCAAGGACUGUGCCGGUGCCCAUACCGAGGAUCUAUAUUUCAAGCGCUUGAGUGGCUACUUCUUGAAUCCCAUUUACACCUCCUGGACUUGCUUGUCCAACAGCCAGAUAGGCAGGAACGCAGAAUCAGUAAAAGGUGCAACUCUUUGUCUUCACUGAUAAAGUGCAGUUCCAUUCCAGGCACAGAUCAUCUACUGAACAUGAAACGAAAGGUGUGCCAGCUGGCAGUGGUAACCUCACCUUGUGAUAGUCAUGCUCUAUACAUGCUCGGCCUGGAACAGUUAGAUGAGUAUGACAAUGAACCUUCUUCUUCUAACCGGACUGAACAAUUAAUUAAUGAUGCCUGCCGUAGUUUCCGAGCAAGCAUCAACCUUGAGAACAAACCAAUGGUUGGAAAUCCACCAAAUGAGCUGACCGAACAGGAAUGGUGGCAGGAUUGGAAGGUUGAACAGCAAGAAAAAAAUCUACUAAAACCCUUGCAGAAGCCAGCUCCGAGAGGAGGAGCAGCAAACGUAAGAGCCAUGCCACUCAGAGGGAUUACCACUAGGGCAGGUGGUGUGAGAGGAGCUACAACCAGGGGAGGUAGAAUGGUAUACUGGCCAGCUGCUGCCAAUCCCAGCACUUCAGCUGGAGGGGCCACCCCACCUUCUGCCAGGGGGCGUGGUGCUGGCACUGCACAAACCAAGCCCAUUGCCAAAACAGAGAUGUUUCUACCCCAGACACCUGGCACAUCCCGUGGGUCGGAUGUAAAAUCUGUUGCAGAGAAAACUCGCAGUAUCGCUCAGGAUUCAAGUGGGAGACCAGUGCCCAUAAAUCGCACUUCAUAUACGUAUCGUUUGGGCUUGGCGCGUGCUCUAACGCGCAUAAAUGAAAUUUCAGAAGAUGCUCAAAAGCUUUAUCAUGAAGUCAUUAUAAUGGCACCCGAGAUGUAUGAAGGCUAUAUUGAGUUAGCCAACAUCCUCUUGAAGACUGACCCUCUGGAGGCUGUGGAAAUUUAUUGCAGAUUUCCCUUGAAACCAGUCGAAGAGCAAACUUUUGAUGAUGCCUUCAUUACCGGAGAGAUUGUUCGGAUUUUAAUGAAGCAACAAAAGUUUGACGAUCCUCGCCUGGGCCCAAACAUGAUUGCAUACGGCAAAAUAUUGGGAAUAGAGGCUUUACAUUCCUACAUCAAUACUCUUAAUCAAGAGUUCAAGACUGACCUUUUGAAGAGAAUCUAUGCUGGAAUCCACAACAGACCUUUGGAGGACCCAGAUCUUCAAGUAUUCUUCAGUUUCAAAAAUUGGAUGUAGAGUGUCUUGCUAUCAGCAAAAAUAUAGGUGACGUCUCCAGAAAUAUUUUGGGAAUAUUUUACCUUUUUUCAACAAAAUGUUAUCAAAACUAUUCUCAAAAGGAGGGCUUAAAUGUAACAUCUUGCUCAUCAUAAAAUCACUUUGUUGAAGUCCUUUCACCCAAAAUACAAAUUCUCCCACCUGGCCAUGAACCAUCUAACUGUUGUUGAAACGUCUAGAAUCCUGGUCUUAAAACAAUUUGUGAUAUCCUGUUCCAGUAUUAAUUAACCUGUGUGACGACAUACUCCCUGGUGUCUGUAAAACCUUGCCUUUCUUAAUCUUGUACUUAUGCCCUAUCGGCCUGUUGCCUUAAACACAUAGAAGUACGUUUCUAUUAGUAACCAAGUCUUGGAUUUUAAGUGACAUUCCUAAGUCACUCUUAAGACUUUAGGAAGUUAUAUCAAUCCCAUGAGGUAUUAUUGCCUUGCAACAUUAUCCAAUGGUACAUUAUUACCACAUUCAGAUAGAUUUACAUCGGAAAGCAUCGUUCUGGAUGCAAUCUCUGCAAUGUUAAACAUCUAACCAGCUCCUCUCCGAGAGCUACAGGGAUUUCAAAUGUGGUGAUGUUAGCUGGUAAAUCUUGCACUUAUUCCUGUAAAGAAUUCUUGUGCCAAUUGCAUUUUCACUGAUAGCUCCCACAGUUGCUAAAUCUGCAUUUCAUUUCUGUGCUUAAUUUCCCUACCUUUUUAAGUUGAAACCUUAUUCUUCAACAUCAGUAUGGUUAACAUCAUAACUGAUAAUGUACAUUAUUGUGUAGUGUGCUACAAGAUGCAGUAAAAUCAAUGCCAUUAUGAGCAAAUGUUUGUUUUAAGUUGGUUCUUUACUGUCAAUUCUUACAUGAUUAAAGUGCGUGUGUUUUGCAAUUGCGAAAUUUGUCUUUCUCCCUCACCAUCCAGACAAUACACAUCUUUUUAGGCGCAUGCAACACCCAUCAAGUGAGUAACCCACUGUAAGACCAAUACCAAUUCACUGCCAGGAAGUGUGCAGUUCUAAGAUAUAGUCAGUGCUCAAAUCACAAGUUCAGGUAGAGUAGGGCAAACAGAAAAAUAAUAAGACCUGUGCAGCCUUCCUCUCAGUGUUAGGUGUUCCAAUGUGCUGGACCAUUCCUAAAAUGCAACACGUGCUUCAAAUUACAAAUAUUGAAUGUUAAAAAAUUAAGCUA